AUGGCGAAGCAGGCACGGGUGCCAGAGGUGCUAAAGAAGGAGAUCAGAUCCCUGCUAAUAGCUGCCAAAGCGGGGUUAACACCAGCAGAGCUGGAGGAGGUGUACCUGACCAUGGUCGGCAAGCCUCUCCCUCUGUCUGCCCUGGGCUUCUGCUCCACCCUGGAGCUGAUGGCAGGUAUGCCUGAUGUGGUCAGGAUCUGCCCCUGUGAGAAAGGCACUUCUGUCCUGAAAGCCAUUGCAGAUGAGACCACCAAAGGGCUUGCCAAGCUGGUUGCCAGGCAGAAAGGUGGCAAGGCGUGGAAGGGAGCUGCUGUGAAGGCAGACGCUGCUGCUUGCCCUCAGAGUCCCCAGCGCGUCCCUCGCAGGGGCAGGGCUCCUGUCCUGCCAGCCACGGUGAAGGCUGAGCUGCAGCACCUGCUGAGUUCCUCACCAGUUUUUCUCUCAGACUUUGACAAGGCCUUCUGCAGACACUUUGGCCAAGAGUUCCAGUACACACAGUAUGGAUUCUCCUCUCUCUCUGAGGUCCUCAGCAGUGUAUCCGAUACCAUUACGGUCGUGCAGACGGCAGCAGGUUCUUUGCUGACCCUGAAGGACCUCCUGGCAAGUGAGAUAGAGAAGGAAGGGAUGCAGCAAGCAGCACCUGCAGCUGAGAAGCCUCCAUUGGAACCCAGCCACGAGACACAGAGCUGCCACCUGACAGCAGAAGAGAAGUCAGAGCCAGUAGAAUCACAGACAGGAGGUUUGGGUGAUGGCCUCCAACAACCUCAAGAUUUGGAGCAGCCCCUACCAGACAAGUUGUUGCUGACUCCAGAGAUCCCUGCUGAUGCUGUUCAGGAGGGCAGGCUCUGUGGCUUGCCCCCCCUGGAGAGGAGGAGCGCGGUGGGAGUCUUCGUGGCCUUCGUCGUCUCUCCGAGCCAGUUCUACAUCCACGUCCGCCGAAGGGAAGCCCCUCACGAGCUGCUGGAUCUGAUGAUCGCCAUCAGGCACUGCUACUCCGACAGGCGCCUCUGCGAUCGCUACGUCAUGCCCGAGCGCUCGGUGCGGCCGGGGCAGCUCUGCUGCGUUAGGGUCGCCGCCUGGUGGUACCGAGUCAUCGUCCACCGUGUGCUCAGCCACCAGCAGGUGGAGGUCUUCUAUGCAGAUUAUGGAAACCUCGAUCCUGUCCCGAGGUCUGCCCUGAGAUUCCUCAAGAGGUGCUACUCAAAGCUCCCUGCUCAGGCCAUCCCAUGUUCCUUGGCAAGGGUGAAACCCACAGAGGAUACGUGGUCCAAUGCAGCAGCUCUUCUGUUUGAGGAGCUGUGUGGCUCUGAACUCCUUGUGGGCUUUGUGGAUGAAUAUGUGCAUGGCAUUUUGCAUCUCUUCCUGUGUGACACAUCCUCCAGGGAGGAUAUCUACUUCCACAAGGUUUUGAGCACCCAGGGACAUGCUGCCAUCUGUGAAGAGAACAUUCCCUCCCAGGGAUUCAUGGAACUGAAUCCUUUGGCCUUGUAUGUUCAGCCCAGUGGGCAGCAGGAGAACGCUGAGCUGGUGGAGCCAGACCUUGGCUUGCCACAGGAAUCUCUAAAUGCAGACAGUGAAACAGCAAACUCAAAUGUGGAUGGCAAUGAACAGUGUGAGCAGCUGUCUUUCCACCUGUCUGCUGAGGAGCCACAGGAUGAUGUGUGGCCACUUUUGGAUGAAGGGAGUGCCCUAAGGACAACAGACCAAGCCCCUGAACGUGUGCAGGGGGAUACAAAUGAAACUCCUGUGGAGCUUAUGGCAGUAGUUAAGACAUCUCCUUCCCUUGGAGAGUGCUCCCUGCCUGCUGCCUUAUUCAAAUCAAUGGAAGACUUUGACACCUCCUUUACCUACUUGAAGCAAGCAUCAGCAGUGAGCCAGGAUGACCCUGAUCAGACAGAAGGCACUUCCAAGGAGACCCAAUUUUGUGAAGCUGUGCAAGCCUCCAUCCUCCUGACAGCAGUGCCCUUUAUGCUGGACAAUCCUGAUGCUGAAGAGCAAAUGAAGAACAAAGUCCUUCCCAGGAGUCCUGCAGCUGUCCUGGGCAGUGCUAGUGGGCUGCCUGGCCAUGGGCUGUCUCAGAAGCUCUAUGUCCCUCCUGCCAUGCUGUCUGCAGUGCUGGCAUCUGCACGUUUGGCCUCAUCCCCUGGCUCUUUCCAGUGGCUCCCCUGCCUGAGAAAGAAGAUGUGA